UUUGGACAAACAUCCACCCCCCCUUUUUUUUACUCUAGUUUCCUCGCCUCAGCAGCUUCGAUGCACUUCUUUUCCAGUCAGAUUAGGCGAGGAUAUCGGCACAGCAACUUCUGGGUGCCCUCUUCCUCGUUGAUGGAGACAGUGGAGUAGACAGGGCCGCGGUGACGGGUCAAAACACCCACACCCCUACGGAUUACCUUGAUGUUUCAAGCACCCGUCUUUCAUACCCCUGCCCGGCGUCCGACAUGGGGCUCUCUCUUCUAAUUUGGCGAUUCUUGGCGGGUAGCCGGCUUGGCUCUCCCCGAAGUUCCCUUAUAUUCAUGUCAUCUUCCCUCUUUUUUGAGCUGUUCUUGCUCUGAUCUUCCUUCCCAGUCUCAAUCAUACAGAGAUCCAUCGUUUUUCUUCGGACCAUCUUUGAAAUUCUUAAUUUUUACUUUCAAAGGCUAGUCCUUACUGUUUGAAGCGCGAGUCGCCGAUCAACAGCUUCCUUCUACUUCCUCCUCUUGCAAACAACACGGUCUUUCAACGAACCAUCCACUACUCGUUAUUAUUAUUAUUUCAAAAAGGUGUCAACCCGAAGAAAUUUCAACUUUAAACUUCAAAAAUGCAGUUCUCUACCGUCGCCCUUGCCGCUCUGGCAAUGUUUACUGGUGUCGAUGCUCAGACCGUCCACGCUGUCCGCGUUGGCCAGAACGGAACCAUCUUCUCGCCCAACAAAAUCACCGCUCGUGCUGGCGACAUGGUUCAGUUCAUGUUCAUGGGUGGCAACCACACCGUUACACAGUCGCCCUUCGACGACCCUUGCCAGCCCAUCAGCAAGACCAUGAAGAACGUGACCGGCAUCCACUCUGGUUACGUUCCUUUCGCCGCCAGCGCCGCCAUGGGCCAGAUCCCAGUUUACACCGUCCGUGUCAACAACACCAACCCCAUCUGGCUGUACUGCGCCACCGGACCUCACUGCAAGAACGGCAUGGUCAUGGUCAUUAACGAGCCUACAAACCCCCAGCGUUCUCUGGCUGAAUACAAGAAGGCUGCUUCCCAGAUCACCGGUGCCGCUGGUGUUCCUGGCGGUGUCACCGGUGGACAGUCCGGUAACACCCCCACGAACGGAACCACCGGUGGCAGCACUGGCGGCAGUGGCAGUGGCACUGGCAGUGGCAGCGGCAGUGGCAGUGGCAGCGGAAGCGGCACUGGUGGUUCCACCCCUACCUCCGGCGGCUCCGCACCUGGCUCAUCUGGCACCACCGCUCCCGUCGCGGCUGCCGGCUCCAUGGUCGCACCGAGCCUCAGCCUGCUUGCCGUCGCCGCCUUCUCUUACCUCUUGUAAGCGGGUGGAAUGCAUUUAUCGUUCUGGGGUGGUCAAUAAAAGCCGCGCCGCGGGCUCCCAGAUGAAGCGGAGCGUUUGGUGGGUUGUAAUAGGCCAUAAUUCUUGGAUGGGGGCUGUCGCGAUGAACGAAGCCGGUGUCCGUCGCUUUGGACAUAUCAGAAGGGUUUAUUGAUCUUUUUGAGUGUCCUAUGCCCUGGCUAAUGGCCGCUUUGUACAUUUGGGCCUUUGGCUUUCGCCAAUUUUUCUUGCGUGCCCAUACCCACACAAACCUUGACUGCAGCGGUGUGCGCGUUUAUUACUUUUAGUGGACUAGACAUUUUCUUUUUUGAAGUUAACGAUGGAUUUUUGAACUCAACUCCUUUGCCCCG